GAACCUCAGGAGAGCGCGAGCACGAGAGAGACCAAGAAAGAGGGCGCGUGCGGUGUGCUGUUUUUGUAAAUUGAUAAAAAUGCAAAUUAUUAGUCAGAUUAUUUCUGUUGCAUUAUUGGCUUUGACAGUCAAUGCAACAGUUUUCUUUCAAGAACAGUUUCUGGAUGGAGAUGCCUGGAAAAGUCGGUGGGUGAAUUCAGAACACAAAUCUGACUACGGGCCGUUUAAACUGACCGCUGGGAACUUUUAUGGAGAUGCUGAGAAAGACAAGGGUCUGCAGACCAGUCAGGAUGCCCGCUUCUAUGCCACCUCUGCCCGCUUUGAGCCCUUUAGCAAUGAGGGCAAAUCUCUGGUGAUCCAGUUCACCGUCAAACACGAGCAGAAGAUUGACUGUGGCGGCGGAUAUGUUAAAGUUUUCCCCGCAGAUCUCAACCAGGCUGACAUGCAUGGCGACUCUCAGUAUUACGUCAUGUUCGGGCCUGAUAUCUGUGGCUACAGUACGAAGAAGGUUCACGUCAUCUUCAACUACAAAGGCAAGAAUCACCUCAUCAAGAAAGAGAUCAAAUGCAAGGACGAUGAGCUGACUCACUUGUACACAUUGAUUCUGAAUCCGGAUCAGACGUAUGAGGUGAAGAUCGAUAAUGAGAAGGUAGAGUCCGGCUCUCUAGAGGAGGACUGGGACAUCCUGCCCGCAAAGAAGAUCAAAGACCCUAACGCCAAGAAACCUGAGGACUGGGACGACCGUGCCAAGAUCGACGACGAGACCGACAACAAACCAGAGGACUGGGAUAAACCUGAGAACAUUCCUGAUCCUGAUGCCAUGAAGCCAGAAGACUGGGAUGAAGACAUGGAUGGCGAGUGGGAGCCUCCCAUGAUUCCAAACCCAGAGUACAAGGGAGAGUGGAAACCCAAACAGAUUGAUAAUCCAAGCUACAAGGGAGUCUGGGUGCACCCUGAAAUUGACAACCCCGAGUACGCCCCAGAUGACGAGAUCUACAAAUUCGACAACAUCGGAGUCAUUGGCUUGGACCUCUGGCAGGUGAAGUCUGGCACUAUUUUUGACAACUUCAUCAUCACAGAUGACGUGAAGGCAGCAGAAGAUUUUGGAAAUGAGACGUGGGGUGCUACAAAGGGUCCCGAGAAAAAGAUGAAGGACGAACAGGAUGAGAAGAAACGGAAGGAGGAAGAGGAGAGAAACAAGGAGCAGAGCACCCAAGCUGAUGAUGAAGAGGAAGGGGAGGAGGAGGAAGAGGAGGGAGAUGAGCCACCAGCGGAGGAAGACGACGACGACGACGACGACGAAGAAGCCCUUCCCAAAGAUGAACUCUAAAGCAGGACGUAAACAACCGUCAACAUUCUGCGGUUGCCAGGGAAACGACUGCAGUGGAUUCAUUCUAGAUGUGAUGAUGUCAUAAAGGGGCAGUUGUAAGCAUUGCAUUGCAUGGAAAAGUGACGCUGAGAUGAACAAGUUAUUUUUCCAUGCAAUGAAAGUAAACUUUCUAAAGAACAUUUUCAUUUUUGGGUGAACUAUUUUUUAAAGAAUUGUCUUUCUAUGGUGCCGGAAGUCAUAAUUAACUGUAAUUAAAUGAUAGAUGGUCAUAUUAUUGUGCCUUUUGCAUUUGUAAAUAGAUACAUUUGAUAGGAAGAACAUUGAUUAUGCAUCAUCACUCUUUGUUUUUCAUGGUGUUGGUCUUGGUUUUGCUUAGUUGGACUGAAAGAAGUGUGGAAUUAUGUAAACAAUGUUACCGGUCUGGCUAUUAAACAGUUCAUCUCCACAUUAAGAUUGUGACGAGCGCAAAGUGCAAUGAAACGCAAUGGUAGAAUGAUAACGUUGCCCUUUUAUCAAUAAGAGAUGAUUCGGGUCACAGGCUGGUCUCCAAACAAGAAUGUUCUGUAGCACAAAUGUAAUGUACAAUUAGAUGAUGUUCCUUAGGCACUGAUUUUGUUGUUGUUGUUGUUGUUGUUUGUUUUAGUUUUGUGGUAAUGAAUCACCUAAACAUGACAUUCAGUAAGAUUCCUUUUAAGCUUUAUUUAUUGCAAUAGAAAUGUAAUUAUUUUUUACUUUAAUAUCUUGAUAGUUACAAUUCUGAAGUCCAAGUUGUGAUGUAAAUGUCUUCUUUUUUCUUUUUAAUGCAAUCAAAACGUUUUUUUAAUAAGUAAAUGUGCUAUAAUAAGGGAAGUGGUAAUAUAUUUGCAGAGAUUAAGUCCACAGUACAACAAACUAGUCGUCUACACACUGUGAACUUAAAAGUCCCGAAUGUUAAAAUCGGAGUAGUAUUGAAAAUCCUGUUUAGUGACAUUUUACAUGUUGAGAGUUGUAAUUAAUGCCAAAGUUUUAAUAAAUAACUUU